UUGGGAUAAGGCUCCACUGUUGUUCAAAGGUUUCUUAUCACAUAGUUGAGUUGGCAUGAAUGUUUGAUAAAAAAAAUCAAGACAAACUCAUUUCAACGGUUUACAAGCCUCAGCUCAAAGAUAUUAUCACGAAACCUAUGGUUUCAAGCUAAAUAAUACAAAUUGAUACCAUUUGAUGAAAUAACAAGGAGAAAUAGCAUAAAUAUUCUUAAUACUAUUUGAAGUUAGGACCAGAUAACUGGAGCUUUAUGGCACUGAGUACUGAAUAUCUGUACCAGAUUAUGUACUAGGAUAUAUACAUAUGUAUUAGAAAUGUACAAGGGCAGUGUUUGGUAGUAAGAAUAUACACGCAAUGUUCUGGCGCAAGUUUAUGACAUAACCGCAAAGAUGGCAGUAAAUGAUGACAAUGUUCAGAAUGAGUUAAGUCGUCUGCGCUUGCGUAUUCUUCAAGAGAAAUAUGAAAGAGAGAAGGAAAUAGGGAAAGCCCUCCCUUUCAUUUCACAGUCCCAACUACCAACACAUCCCCAGCAUCAGUCUAACCAAGGCAUAGAAAGGUUGAUGGGCUUUGAUGGUACAACAAGAUUACACCAAGCCAUGUUAAAGCGUAGAGAGCUGUUGGAUCAGUUACAGAUGGAGAGGCUUUUGGAAGACCAUCAUAGACCACGAUCCUACAGCAGUAGAAGAAAGUCACCCCCAAGUACCCAUAGAAGUGUAAGGUCACUGCCAGAACUAUCUAGAGAGCCUGGCAGAAACAUCCUAGAGUUACCUAUACACCAGCAACCAGAGGAAGCCAUUGAACUACCUAGCCAGCUUCCCUUCCUACAGCCCUUACCCAACCCACCGCCACAACCACAACUUCCUAACCAGACAUCACCUGGAAAAGGAGAUGCCAUUGAGAUGCUGAUGCUGCAGAAUGCUCAGAUGCAUCAGUUAAUCAUGCAACAGAUGAUGAUGUCAGCUUUGCAACCUGGUAAACCACUUCAAAUGAUGGAAACUGAUGCCCACAGUCAUCUCAACCAACAACCUUCACAGUCUCAACCUCCUCAAAAACUCAACAACAUCUCUGUUUUACCACCAAUACAUUCUAAAAGGACUACACCUCAAGUGGUGACAUCUUUACAGCAGCCUAGAGUUGCUGACCCACCACCCCCUCCAACAUGUUCACCCACUCCCAUCAUAAUGUCUCCAAGAUACCACAAAAGUUCCUUAAAGAAAGUGAUACCAUACCCAGGCAGUAGACUACUUAGAAAGUUUCGUCAUGCUUCAUUGGCAGUGUUGUAUAUAGAAAUACUAAAGGCAAGGUCAAGGUCAAGGGAGAGAAGGACCAAAAAGUUGAAUGAUGACCUUUACUUUGAAAUCCAGCUGAAAGAGGCAGUAGCAGCUAUACAUAAAAUAUAUCUUAAUCCAAAUGGUGCUGUAUUCCCAGUGCUACUGAGGGUGUUAAACAGUGAGAAUGUGAACCUCCUUGUACAGGACAGGGGGACCAUUCUUCAGUCUAAGGAGGAUAAAUUGGCCCUAGACACACUCAGAGCAAUAAUAGAGAACAUCUCCUUUCAGAUUUCACAGAUAAGAGCAGUUCAUGGUACAUUAGGCUUGCAUAGAAAGGCGUCUGUUUUCAGUCUUAUACAACCUAACAGGAUCUUCCCCGAGUUCUACUUCUUUCAGGCUGAAUUGGUGCCCCUCCAAGUGUCAGGCACAAACAGUUUGCCAAAUGUAAGCCACACCCAGGCACAGAUGCUCAUCCUUGGGAUCUUUCUGGCAAGAGGCAUGGUCUCCACUUUGCUGUUGAAGCCAGUUGAGUAUGGCUUGCUACCCACACUGCCAAGUGAUAAUCUACAAAGAAACUUAGCAGUUGUUGCUACAAUAUUGAUAUAUGUCUACAGGAGGACUGCAGUGCCUAAGAAGUCUAAAAUAAUGGCAGAGUCGAGGGAGUUGUCCCAAUAUCUGGUGAAUGAGGAGCAAAUGGCGUACAUAUACAAGAAAUUAAAGUCAUCCAUACAAUAUUCUGAGGAUGUUUUGAGAGAUUGGGUGGAGGAAUAUACGUCCAGGCUGAACAAUGCAUAGGAACAUCAAGUAUUUUGUUAUAUGGAGUACUCUCUGUACAUUAGUGACUUGAUGAUGUAUGUUUGUUACUUAACAACGAGUAUCGAGUAUUGGCAGACACAACAUCAACCAGGUUGGUGGACUAACCAACAACUACUAACAAACAUCUAACAAAAAACUAAUAACAAUAACAAUGAACUACUAACACCGAACUACUAAAACAACUAACAAUGAACUACUAACUAAUAUUUACUAACAAGCAGUAUUACCAUAUCUUGUAGGCUUUAUUUUUUCUAAGCUUUCGGAAAAAUGUUUAUGCCCAAUUCUAUUGAUUGUGCAAGUUAUGAAUAAAAGAUGGGGU